AUGUACCUAAUAUUCUUACAAAGUAUCUAUAGCCUGAGACCACACGCAACGAUCAUCGAUUACAAGUACAUAGAUUUCGAAUGGGCAGUGAGACUGAAUCGAUUUAGUCUACAAUUUAUCGGGCUUUGGCCUAAUUGCGAGCAAACUACAUGGAAGAGACGCAUGUGCAAUUUACGCGCAUUUCUCGUUUCCUUAACGAUAUUAUCGGUCAUUGUGAUUCCCGCUCUGCAUUCUCUGAUGAGAAUUCAUUCGGACAUCAUGCUAGUAAUAGACAAUUUGCAGUUUACUCUACCGAUGGCUACCUGCCUGUGCAGAAUCGCGAUUUUUUGGUGGAAGAAAGAAGAAAUACGUUUUAAUAUGUUUAAAGCUAUCGCGCCGAUAAUAAAUAUGAUCGCGGACGACUGGACAAAAGUGAGAAAAUCUCAAGACAAGAUGACGAUGAUCACAAGAGCGCAAAUCGCGCGCGUAAUUAUCAUAUUCGGUUACUGCUUCAUGAUGUCGGGUUGGGUCGUCACGGUUAUUUUACCAAUGCUUGGCCAUUCGGUGAGAUACUUGUCGAACAUCACCGAUCCGGGCAGACCGUUGCCAGUACAGACGUAUUACAUUUACGACGUGACGAAAAGUCCGCAAUACGAGAUAACAUUCACUCUCCAAGCUAUCACUAUGUUUUUGUGCAUCAUGCCUUACACAGGCAUAGACAAUUUUCUUAGCCUCUUGAUAUUCCAUAUUUCCGGUCAGCUCGACAUUCUGAACAAUCGUCUCGUACAUCUGUCAACGAAUGACGUUGCGAAUUACGAUGACAAUCUGAAAAGUUGCGUAAAGGAUCAUACACGGCUACUUAGAACCAUCGCCGUAGUAGAAGAUACAUUUAAUAUAAUACUGCUCAUAUUAUUUCUAUACUUUGGUACUCUUUUUGCUUGCUACGGAUUUGUAUUGAUGAAUAUGCUCACAGACGGACAAAAUUUUUCACUUUCUUAUCUGCCAUAUUUGUUAUCUGUCGUUACCAAUACGUUCGGUCACAUGUGUUUGUACUGCGUUGUCGGUGAUAUCUUAGCAACACAGUGUGAUCGAAUCCAUUAUGCUGUAUAUUGCAAUAAAUGGUAUACUCUAAAUUCGAGACAUGCGCGGGACUUAAUUCUUCCAAUGGCAAUGACCAACAAAUCUUUUUAUCUUAAUGUCGGUAAAAUAUUUCCCUUGACAAUGGCUACAUUUUGCAAUCUAUUAAAAACGUCAGCCGGUUAUAUAUCCGUUCUGCUUACAACAAGAAAUCAAUCGAAAUCUUGA